AUGAGUUUCUCAUACUCGUGGUCCGACUCCUCAGUGGGGAGCACCGCGCCGACACAAACUCGACAGCUGUCGACGUCGUUUGCUUUGGAGAUCUUACUUCUAGGGGCAGUUUCCGGUCUACAGCAGAUUGAGGAACCGGGACUUUAUACCCACUCAGGUGUUCGCACAAGAGCAGUAGGACAAGGAGCAGUCUCCUCGGUCCACCUACAGGAAUUCCGCGGCCGGUUGGUGGCUGUAAAACAUCCUCGAGACGUCAUCAGAUCUCUCAAGACGCCCCAGGCUACAUUCGACGAAUACAUCCGCCAUGUUCUAGCAGAGAUCCGAGUCCUGGCCGACGGGACCUUGAGAACCCACCCAAAUAUCGUCAGACUCUACGGCUACUCUGUGGGCAGCGGAGACACGCCACGAGCAUUAAUGAUUUACGAGGGGUCGAAAUGGGGCUCUCUAGAUUCCUUUCUUGCGGGAGUCUCGCCAGCUCCAGCAUCCGUCAAGGCCAACCUCUGUAUCGACGUCGCCAGAGGACUGCAUGCUCUGCAUGCGAGUCAUAUUUGCCAUGGCGAUGUCAAGGCUGCCAAUGUACUCGUUUUUGCUGGCGAUGGACCCGUGAAAUGGAAUGCAAAACUCGCAGACUUUGGUCAAGCAAUACUGGGCAACCCAAACAAUCUCGAUGCGUCCGUGCAAUGCCCCCUUGGAACUCCCCUGUUCCGCGCUCCAGAGCUUUCCGGAAGCCGCCAGGACUUUACGAUUGCCUCGGCGAUCAAGACCGACAUCUAUUCAUUUGGGCUCUUGGCUUUCCAGGUCUUGGAAGAUGGACAAGACUAUUAUCAGGUGUAUCUGGCGUCGGAAAAGGCGGGCGGAAAUCAUACCAACGACUCUAACCCGAGGCCCUUUCCCUCCACGACGAUGCUCCGCGUGCUCCAUGAAUACGUAUCCCGGCAGAUCUCGGCCCUACCUAACGAGUGUCGCAGAGAGAAUCCCGGUGCUCGGUUAAGCAUGCAGAGGAUCCUAGAUCGCAUAGAUCGUGAAAUACCUGAUGAGUUCUCGAAACAUCCGCAGCUCCUAAAGAGAGUGGAAGAAUUAUUGGCAACUUACGAAUCGAUACCACUGUUGUCCGAUGACCAAGACAACGAGAGCCGUACACCAGAAGACAUAUUAUUUGAUGAAGACUGGUGGAACACAUUGGAAAACAUACUGCCAUCUCUGGGGCGUAGAGCACCAGCAAGGGACGUAGUGUCAGUCCUAAACUGCUCGUUAUCCGAGCUGGACGACAUGUACAUUUCCCGAGCGGAACUCCUGGAUGACAUCUUUCCCGUGGUCAUCAAUGAAAAAAUUAUUGAAGAAUUGAUGUGGGUAGUUGAAAGACAAAGGAAUCAUGGGGGAGAUGAAGCUGAGGCUGCAAGUGCCGCGAUGCUGCUAGCUGAGUGUUGUGGAGUAGGAUUCGGUCUCAGUAACAGCACAGAGGCCAUGAUCUCCUGGAUGGAGCAGGCGGCUGCUCUAGGGUCACUCAGGGCGAAACUAUGGCUGCCGCGGGUACAGUUCAUCUUCCGCAAUCACCAAAACCCACCUUCACCGUGCGAUUCCUUUGAUGGCUCCUUUGAUAUAUUGUCGCUAUUGCGAGCCAAUGGAAAGUCGCAACGUGAGGCGGCCAGAAUGCAGAUAGGAGCUUGCCACUCGGGCGAUACAGUGGCCACUGGCAAAGAAUCCGCUUCCAUUCUGUUGCACCUUGAAGUCUUCUCCGAGGGCGACCCGGACAUGCUCUCGCGACUGCAUUUCUCUUCUUGGCUGGGCGAUCGCAUGGCUCUAGAUGAGCUGCUGUCGAAUAAGGCUGCAAUCAACGCUGUAUCUCCAAAAGGUCGGACUGCACUCUUCUACGCGUGCCUUGCUGGUCAUUUGGAAAUUACCAAUCUCCUUCUGGCAGCAGGUGCAGAUCCGACGAUUUCUGACUUGGAGGGCGUCAAACCACUCCAUUUGUGUAUUAUGUUUGACGAACCCAACAUGGAGGCUGCAUGUGAAGCCUUGGUGAGUCGUGGGGCAAGGCUUGAUGCGAGGUUGAAGGGUGACAUGUUCUGGCGACUCUACGACUUGGAACUUGUGGGGACGCCAGUCCACUGGGCUAUUUCCACCCAUAGCACACGCCUUGUGGAGGUAUAUCUGGAUGCCCAAGCCCCGAGCAUUGGGCUGGACCUGGCCAUCAGAGGCUUCUUUCCCGACAUCAUUGGCCUUCUGCUCGUGCGAGGAGCGAUGUGGGAAGGCAACCAUACCCCAAUGGAGGCCCUGGCUCCACCGCGCCACCUCUUCAAUCACUGGCUUUGCCAUGGACCAGAUCGCCUGACCUGCAUCACUGAGACACUCGAUGUCCUCGAGCGCCAUGGGUUUCGCGUGCAAGAUCUCCCCAUCCACGACGACUACUGGGCACAUUCACGAUCGGCAUACCCCGUGCUGCUGUCCUUUAUCGCAAGCGUUCGAAACGAGGAGAGCCUUACUCUCGUCUACGAAUAUAUCCGGCGUGUACGCGGGUUGCGUGGUUAUCGACGGAGCCAAUUCGACGCACUAACGGCCGCCAUUCUACGGCCCACGCAGGCCUAUGGGUAUGAGGAACUACUCCGGCAUAUCCUGGCACAUUACACGCCCAACGAGUUAAAUAGCUAUCUGCCUGAUGGUCAGGCAUACAUCCAUGUGGCCGUCUCCAAUGGCCGGGUUUUGGCCACAAGACUCCUGCUCGAGUACGGGGCGGAUGUAAAUAUUAGAACCCGCGAGUUCCAUCGCCUUACGCCCUUGUCCUGCGCUCUGAGCGAGAACAAUCCCUCCGAUCUCAUCCGACUCCUCAUUGCAUUCGGUGCAGAUAUAGCAUCCGAAGACACGUCCGGAUUCUUCAGCCCGCUGGGCCAUGCGGUGGAAAAAAACGAUCUCCCAACAGAGCUGUAUGAUACGUUCCUAGAGGCAGCGGGGACGAAAGACAUUAUUCUCGGCGGCCUCUGGGGCCUGAUUGUCCGCUUCAGGAAUGUUGACCGUCAGCUUCUGGUUCUCAAAUACCUCCUUUGCCAUGAGCUCGUACGGCCACAUUUGAACGAGCCCGACGAGCACGGCUUGGCCCUCAUCUACUACGGCAUCACGUCCAUCAAUGUGGACAUACUAAACCUUCUUCUCGAGGCCGGCGUGAGACCUGACACGUCCUUUCCCGCAACAAACGGGGAAUAUACUGCUCUCCAUGUCGCGCUCCAUGCAACGCGGGCCGAAUACGAAUCCCUCCCCCAACUGGAACAGGCGGAUCGCGAGUUCCUGCUACAGAAACUGGCUACGUACAUCCGUAUCACACGUCGACUCCUCGAGAGCUUUCACGAAGUCCAAAGCCCCUGGUUCGCGGAGAUAACACCGCUCCAUCUGGCAACAUACAUUGGGUGCGAGAACGACGUCGAGCUCAGUCGCCACUUCGAACUUCGGAUGGAAGAUGCCCACACGCGAGGCCGAUGGCCAACCAACGGCGAUCUUGUCACACCUGCAGAGCUACGCAGCGGGUCCGUAUGCUCAACUGGCCCCUACUACAUACCCAUGUCAGCGGAGGACGGCGAUCGACUGUUUGCAAAGCAGACGCUGGAAGCGCAGCGGAUAAUCAAGAACUCGCAGGAUUUUCCAGGACCGAUUGGCUUGUCUGAUUCGGAUCUGGACGAGUAAGGUGGUUGACAUGCACAAGCUGCAAACUGCGAGGGGAGUUUUGUUUCUUGGGGCGGCUAGAGGGGCCUUGCUCGUGGACACGAGAAAGCACCACUAAACAAGGUAUAAAUUAAACACUACGUGAGCUUUUACAACUUUAUUCAUGGAAAUAUGGG